UGUGAAGAGAGGGGAACGGAAAAGAGAAAGUCGUCAACAGCAUUUUUAGAAGAUAUUUUUCGUUUAUCUACCGUACAUCUUCGUUGUCUCUUUUGAGCAGGCACCAUGGCCUGUGGAGCUACGUUAAAGCGUUCGAUGGAGUUUGAGGCCCUACUCAGUCCUCAGUCUCCUAAACGAAGAAGGUGCAAUGCACUACCGGGGGCUCCAAGCACUCCGUCCCCUCAAAGGUGCAACCUCCGUCCGCCAGUUGACUGCCCAUCAUCACACUCGAUGUCUCCCCCGGCUAUGGGUGGAGAACACAGGCUAACUCCAGAGCAGAUCUUCCAGAACAUCCGUCAGGAGUACAGCCGCUACCAGCGGCGACGGCAGCUGGAGGGGGCCUUCAACCAGAGUGAGGCUGCUUGUAGCUCCACCGAUGCCCCCAGCUCCUCCCUCACCGCCCCCAGCUCCCCACCAGGUGCCUCGAGGAAGGACCAGCCGUCGUUCACACUGAUGCAGGUGAGCUACCUGUGUGAGCGCUUGCUCAAAGACCACGAGGAGAAGAUCCGGGAGGAAUACGAACAGAUCCUCAACACAAAACUUGCAGAACAAUACGAAUCUUUUGUGAAAUUCACACAAGACCAGAUCAUGCGAAGAUAUGGCGCCAGGCCUGCUAGUUAUGUCUCUUGAAUUCCCCCAUCGAGGUACCAGCUUUUCUCACAAGAUGGCUGCUCUUCUACUGCCCCUUCCUCCACUAGAUUUGUGAUUUUUAUUUCAAUUUUUUUCAUGCUAUUUGGGUACCAUGGUUUAUCCACAUUUUUAAUCCAAAACUGAUUUCUAUAAAAUGCUAAUGAAUCGGAAUAAAAUGUAAAGAUUCGAUAUAUGCUAGCUCUCUGGAUUUUCUGUUCUCCCUAGCGGUGUAGUGGCUAUUCUCUGAUCCUUCUGUAUUAUAACCUGCCAGCACUGCCCCUCUGCAGCAGCUGUAUUACUAAAGCCCCCUGGCCUCUCAUCCACCAAGUUUAUUUUUCUCUUUUCCAACUCUAUCUGAGGAUGUGGAUUUCUUUUGAAAUUAAAAGUUCUGUGAUUUAAAAUGGUUUCCCUCAAUUAUUUUUUGUUAUGCAUCCAGUUGAACAAACUGUUAUAACCAACUGUUUUGGUCUUCUUUUUUUUUGUGUAUUAUUCUAAAGUAAAUGCAUGACAGUUAGUCUUUUGUUAAAGGAAGGUUAAUUUGUGCAGUACAUGUGCUUUAAGGUUGCAUAACCCCCUUGAAUUCAGUAAAUUUAAGACUGUUACAGUGUAUUCGGUAAAGAAUUCAGACCCCUUUUUCCACAUUUUGUUACUUUACAGCCUUAUUCUGAAAUUGAUGACAUUUGCAUCAGUCUACACACACUACCCCAUAUUGACAACGGGAAAACAGGUUUUUAGAAAAAUUAAACUUAUUUACGUAAGUAUUAAGAUCUUUUGCUAUGAGACUCAAAAUUGUGCUCAGGUGCAUCCUGUUUCCAUUGAUCAUCCUUGAUGUUUCUACAACUUGAUUGGAGUCUACCUGUGGUAAAUUCAAUUGAUUGGACAUGAUUUUGAUUGGACCUUAUAUUGACACCUGUCAAUAUAAGGUCCCACAGUCGACAGUCCAUGUCAAAGCAAAACCCAAGACAUGAGGUUGACGGAAUUGUCCGUAGAGCGCCAAGACAGGAUUGUGUUGAGGCACAGAUCUGGUGAAGGGUGCCAAAACAGUUCUGCAGCAGUCAAGGUCCCCAAGAACACAGUGGCCUCUCAUUCCUAAAUGGAAGUUUUGAACCACCAAGACUUCCUAGAGCUGGCCAUGCACCCAAACUGAGCAAUCAGGGGAGAAGGGCCUUGGUCAGGGAGGUGACCAAGAACCCUAUGGUCACUCUGACAGAGUUCCUCUGUGGAGAUGGGAGAACCUUCCAGAAGAAUAACGAUCUCUGCGGUACUCCAGUAAUCAGGCCUUUAUGGGAGAGACCAGACGGAAGCCUCUCCUCACUAAAAGGCACAUGACAGCCCGCUUGGGAGUUUGCUAAAAGGCACCGACCAUGAGAAACAUUCUCUGGUCUGAUGAAACCAAGAUUUAACUCUUUGGCCAGAAUGCCAAGUGUCACGUCUGGAGAAAACCAGGCACUGCUCCUCACCUGGCCAAUACCAUCCCUACGGUGAAGCGUGGUGGCAGCAUCAUGCUGUGGGGAUAUUUUUCAGCAAAUGGGAGACCUGUCCGGAUCGAGGGGAAAGAUGAACGACUUCCUUGACGAAGUUCCUUGAUUGAAAACCUGCUCCAGUGUGCUCAGGACCUCAGACUGGGGUGAAGGUUUGCCUUCCAACAGGACAACGACCCUAAGCACACAGCCAAAACAAUGCAGGAGUGACUUGGGGACGGGGGGAGCAAUUUAAUCAAUUUGACAAUAAGUAACAAAGUGGAAAAGGUCAAGGUCUGAAUUCUUUCCGAAUGCUCUGUAUGACUAGAGUUAUCAAGUUGCGGUUAACUCUUGUGACAACUCCAAAAUGUUUAAUUUAACACUACUUCCUACCCUCAUGGGCACUUAUGAAGAUCUGAGAGGAUUGGUGUAUAUGUGAAAAUCAACAAGCAGCCCAAUAAAUUCAGUACAUGUAAAA